AUGGCUUCCUCUUCCUCUUCUUCUUCUUCUUCUUCUUCUUUUUAUUCCACUACUCCUAAACCAAAAUACAAAGUCUUUAUUCGUUUCCGAACUGGGGACACCCGGACCAGCUUUACCAGUCAUCCGUAUGAAGAACUGUGCAGGGAAAAUAUUGCUACUUUUAUUGAAGAUAAACUUAUCGAAGGAGAUCAAAUUCCUUCAACUCUUUUCUAUGGAAUCAAACAAUCGAAGAUCUCGGUUGUCAGUUUCUCUGAACCAUAUGCUUCCUCCAUAUGGUGUCUCGAAGAACUCGAAAAGAUUCUCGAGCGCAAUUACCAGUAUCGAUCUUCUGAGCUUGAAGAACGGUUUAAGGAUGAUCGAGAGAGGUUGCAGAGAUGGAGGAUCUCUCUGAGGGCUGCAGCCAACACAUCUGGCUUCGAUUCAAAUAUCUGUAGGUAG